ACAACCACAGGACAUGUCAGCUCCUCAUAUAUCUGUCACUCGAUUGAUUGGAUAUGAAUCACGACAGCUCCUCCCAACUUAGUAAGUUGCAAACGAACCGCCUGGCUCAGCAUGAGUCGUAGAGCAAUGCAAAAGAGGCAUUGGGCAAAGGAAACAAAAACAAACUCGAAACUGUCGGCCCUCUAGCAUGGCGCUACGGGAGCAACAUGCAGGAGGAAGGCUGCCCUUGCAGCACAAUGCCAGUAUUGUCCCAUUCAAGGCACGGCAACACUCCAGAUGCUAGCUGUUAGUGGCGUCGACUCGUCGACGGUGAGGAGGGGACCGCCAAAAAAACCACCAAGCCAGCAAACUCUGCCUGGCUGUCUUCGAAACGGGAAUGACGAGCACAGUCUCUGCUGCCAGCGGGUUCCGCUCGGCUUCUGCGGUCCUUGCUUGGCACCACUCACCUUCCAGCAUCGAGAGCUUCCCAGCCUGCCACCUGUGCACCGCGCUGCUGCAAACCCCUCUUCCAGGUAUCGUGUUGCGAAGAAGCGGUGUCCCUACAUACCUAGAUCUAUCUGUACAUGUGCCUGAAUGGGUCCAUCGGCGCAUCGUGCCUAUCAACAACACAGCAACCAGCACGACCUUGCUUGUUGUCGACUACCUGGCUGUUGUUUGUUGUUUGUUUAACAGAGGGCAUUAAGACAGUUUAGGAAUCGACCUCAGCAACCUGGCCCCUCAUCCCGGCUCGUUAUUAUGCGACAAUGGAUUUCAUCUUGAAGGGCAUCUCGACUAUCGACCCGGAAAUGCCCCGAGCCGUCAUGGCCAUUGGCUCUUCAGAUAGAAGGGCGAGUUAUAUCCCUAAUUUCCGAUCGUGUCUCAUCGAAACUGGCUGGGGAGAUAAUAAUGUUCGGUUGUUGACUGUUUUUGGAUGCAGAACCAACUGGUGGUAUGGAGUAGUAUUGAUGCAUUUCCCAGUUCAUUUCGAUUUUCGAGAACAUUUCGGCCACGCGCCAACCACGCGUGCCAGGCGCGCUAUACUACGCCGUAGUAUCAUCAGUAAAUGUCGUGCCUCAUCUCCUGUCAACGUUCUUGAUGUAACAUCAAACAAUUGUGAAGCUCCUCGUUCUUGGAGAAGCCAUCGGACGCGGCGGGGAAAAGCAGGAUUCGCGGGACCCUGCAGAUGGCCUGCCGAAUUCCGUGCCUUUUAGCGGAGUGACGGCCCCGGAUGUAGCCACUGAACCCGGCGCUCCGGUACGAACGGGCGUGCUUCAGCGCGUGGUUUUGGGCAUCGCAUGUUUUGGUCGUACACUCUUAUUCCACGCAAGUUGGCCGAAUGGUGCGAUAUGGCGUUCCGUGAAAUGUAACAAAGAUGCUGAUUAUUUAUGUACAAAUGUCCUUUCUGCUGUACUUUGCAGCACCUAAACGUAGCGCUUGUCUUGGCCCAGUUUUGUGGCAUGUGACGUUGUGUGGCCCGGGCUUGAGAGGUUCACCAGUGACGACACCGGACACGCAACCUCAGUCUUGCAGCCACCACCUGAAUCUUAUCGGCAUCUCCCCUUCAACAAUUGUAACAGCCUCAUCUACCGAGCACCCGUCAACCGUUGAACCCAUUCUUUCAUCGAGACUCCUGCGUAUCGCGCAGUUCGACUCCUGGGACCGGCUCUCAUCCAGACUUGACCAUCGAACCGGUUGUGGGGCUCUCAUGAGUGAUGCAUGAGAUUCACAUGCAUCCAAGAACAGAAUAGUGAGACAGAAUCAUCCACACUCCGGUCUUCAGCGCAUAAUCAUCGAUAAACAUCACGAUCUCCCUUGAUUUAUUAUCACGAUGGUGGAUGAACUGGAAGAACAGUUAUUGACUGCCGCCGAUGAAUCCGUCAUGCCAGAAGGUGAUGAAAGCCAACCAUCACAACCACAAGAUCAUCAAUCUCGCUCGGCGAGGAAAGUAAAAAGCUUGAAGAAUGGUAUAUUUCGGGCUGCAAGUAUACAAGACAAACUACUAGAAAAACUUCUAUCACAAGUGAUACCAGCAGAAGAUGGUCACACACAAACACCCUCUAUCAUGGGAGGUGACGACCCUCCAGCCUUUGCCGAACGACCCGGAUUCUCUAUCCCUUUGAUGUCCAACAACUUCCGCCGCUUCAACGCUCGCAUUGGUGUGGUUUUCAAAUUCCAGUCUCGAGCUCUGAAAGUGCUUUCAUGGCGCAAACCAACCCACACCCUCUCCCUCCUCGCAGUCUACACCUUCGUCUGCCUCGACCCCUACCUCCUCUUCGCACUUCCCCUCGCGAUAGGCGUUUUCUUCAUCUUCGUCCCCUCCUUCAUCGCCCGUCACCCUGCCCCGUCAACAUCCUCCGACCCCGACCACCAAGUCCGAAACCUAGGCUAUUCCCCCCGUGGCCCUCCUUUAGCACCAGCUCGCAACUUCCAGCCCACCAAAGAGCUGUCCAAGGACUUCUUCCGCAACAUGGGUGACCUCCAAAACGUCAUGGAGGAUUUCUCCGUCGUCCACGACAAAGUCGUGACUCUAAUCGUCCCCGUAACCAACUUCUCCGACGAGGCGCUCUCAUCCGCUAUUUUCGUCGGGCUAUUCGCCGCUCUGGUAGUAAUGCUCAUAUCAGCCCACCUCAUCCCCUGGCGCUACCUCAUGCUUGUGGGGGGCUGGGGUGCCAUAUUGUCUGCUCACCCAACAAUCAACAGGCUUGUCGCUCAAGCCACGGAGCAGUACCUUCACCACAAUCCCACGCUCUCUUCCCCGACCGACCCUCACCCGGUUAAAAUCCCCACUGUUGACAUCCCAGCUUUGCUAUCGAAGGAAAUAAUCCUCGACUCCGCCCCUGAAACCCGCGAGGUGGAAAUCUUUGAACUUCAACGGUUGAGUCAUUACCCCGGAGGGGAGUGGGAACCAUGGGUUUUUUCCCCCUCGCCAUACGACCCUUUAUCAGCCCAGCGCAUCUCUGGGCAGCGACCGCAGGGAACGAGAUUCUUUGAGGAUGUCCAGCCGCCAGAAGGGUGGGAGUGGUCAGAGAAGAAGUGGGGGCUUGAUCUGUGGAGCAGGGAGUGGGUAGAGGAGAGGAUUAUUACGGGCGUGGAGAUUGAGACGGAGGGGGAGAGGUGGGUUUAUGAUAUCGCCUCUUCUUCGGAAAAGUCUGCUGGUGGUGGUGGGGGGAUGGGGACGAUUGGGGAGGAAAGUGAGGAGGAGCCAGUGAGGAGCGGUAAUCAGUCUACCCCGAUGAAGCAGAAUGGGGGGUUGAGUUGGGAGGAGGGGGAGGAGGGGAUGGGACGGAGGGGGGAGUGGAGGAGAAGGAGGUGGGUGAGGAUGGUGAGGAGGAAGAAUGUUACUGGCUAGGUUAACAGAACUACAGAAUGGUAGAGGAUAGGUUUAUGAAUGGGAUGAGUU